AUUUCUUGUUGGGCUCUGGAUUUCCCAGGCUCGCUAAGCCAGGCUCCACUCAUCCUGUCUGCUUUCUUGUCUAAAAUGUGUGGUGUUUCACGUCUGUGGCCGCCCUCUCCAGUUCCUGGCCCCUGUGGUGUGGCACCACACGCAGGGAUCACUUAGGGGGAUUUCGGAAGGGAGAAGGUCCAGGCCCCAACUGGAAAUACUGUUCUGCCUUUUGGAUAUCGCUUCUAAUCCGUGUCUCCCUUUCUCCCAAGGUGUCUCCGCCCUCGCCAGGGCUCCCAGCGCUGCUGAGGGUGACCAACAAAGGCCGGAGAGAUGGCCGGGGCCUCGGUGAAGGUGGCGGUGCGUGUCCGCCCCUUCAAUUCCAGGGAGAUGAGCCGAGACUCCAAGUGCAUCAUCCAGAUGUCUGGAAGCACCACCACCAUCAUUAACCCCAAACAGCCCAAGGAGACACCCAAAAGCUUCAGCUUCGACUAUUCCUACUGGUCACACACCUCGCCGGAGGACAUCAAGUACGCGUCACAGAAGCAGGUGUACCGGGACAUCGGCGAGGAGAUGCUGCAGCACGCCUUCGAGGGCUACAACGUGUGCAUCUUCGCCUACGGGCAGACCGGGGCCGGCAAGUCCUACACCAUGAUGGGCAAACAGGAGAAGGACCAGCAGGGCAUCAUCCCGCAGCUCUGUGAAGACCUGUUCUCCCGCAUCAACGACACGACCAAUGACAACAUGUCCUACUCCGUGGAGGUCAGCUACAUGGAGAUUUAUUGUGAACGCGUCCGUGACCUCCUGAAUCCCAAGAACAAGGGCAACCUGCGCGUGCGCGAGCACCCGCUGAUGGGGCCGUAUGUGGAGGACCUCUCCAAGCUGGCCGUCACCUCCUACAAUGACAUCCAGGACCUCAUGGACUCAGGGAACAAGGCCAGGACCGUGGCGGCCACAAACAUGAAUGAGACCAGCAGCCGCUCCCACGCUGUCUUCAACAUCAUCUUCACCCAGAAGCGCCACGACGCGGAGACCAACAUCACCACAGAGAAGGUGAGCAAAAUCAGCCUGGUGGACCUGGCGGGGAGUGAGCGGGCCGACUCCACGGGAGCCAAGGGCACGCGGCUCAAGGAGGGAGCCAACAUCAACAAGUCCUUGACCACGCUGGGGAAGGUCAUCUCUGCUCUGGCGGAAAUGGACUCUGGGCCCAACAAGAACAAGAAAAAGAAGAAGACCGAUUUCAUUCCCUACAGAGAUUCCGUGCUGACCUGGCUGCUCCGGGAAAACCUAGGCGGGAACUCCAGGACGGCGAUGGUGGCGGCCCUGAGCCCUGCAGACAUCAACUACGACGAGACUCUGAGCACGCUGAGGUACGCCGACCGGGCCAAACAGAUACGCUGUAACGCCGUCAUCAACGAGGACCCCAACAACAAGCUGAUCCGUGAGCUGAAGGACGAGGUGACCCGGCUGCGGGACCUGCUGUACGCCCAGGGCCUCGGGGACAUCACCGACAUGACCAACACCCUGGUGGGCAUGAGCCCCUCGUCCUCGCUCUCGGCCCUGUCCAGCCGCGCCGCCUCCGUGUCCAGCCUGCACGAGCGCAUGCUGUUCGCCCCAGGCAGCGAGGAGGCCAUCGAAAGGCUGAAGGAGACGGAGAAGAUCAUAGCCGAGCUCAACGAGACCUGGGAGGAGAAGCUGCGGCGGACGGAAGCCAUCCGGAUGGAGAGGGAAGCACUGCUGGCCGAGAUGGGCGUGGCCAUGAGGGAGGACGGCGGCACAUUGGGUGUGUUUUCUCCAAAAAAGACACCACAUCUCGUCAACCUGAACGAGGACCCGCUGAUGUCCGAGUGCCUCCUGUACUACAUCAAGGACGGGAUCACCAGGGUGGGCCGGGAGGAUGCGGAGAGGCGGCAGGACAUUGUCCUGAGUGGGCACUUCAUCAAGGAGGAGCACUGUGUCUUCCGGAGCGACUCCCGGGGCGGCAGCGAAGCCGUGGUGACCUUGGAACCCUGUGAGGGGGCAGACACAUAUGUCAAUGGCAAGAAAGUCACGGAGCCCAGCAUCCUGCGGUCAGGAAACCGCAUCAUCAUGGGGAAGAGCCACGUGUUCCGGUUCAACCACCCUGAGCAGGCACGGCAGGAGCGCGAGCGCACGCCCUGCGCAGAGACGCCCGCUGAGCCCGUGGACUGGGCCUUCGCGCAGCGCGAGCUGCUGGAGAAGCAGGGCAUCGACAUGAAGCAGGAGAUGGAGCAGAGGCUCCAGGAGCUGGAGGACCAGUACCGCCGUGAGCGAGAGGAGGCCACCUACCUGUUGGAGCAGCAGAGGCUGGACUACGAGAGCAAGCUGGAGGCCCUGCAGAAGCAGAUGGGCUCCAGGUGCUUCUCUGAAGCGAACGAGGAGGACGAGGAGCCGGAGGACGAGGUCCAGUGGACGGAGAGGGAGUGUGAGCUGGCGCUGUGGGCCUUCCGGAAGUGGAAGUGGUACCAGUUCACGUCUCUGCGGGACCUGCUGUGGGGCAACGCCAUCUUCCUCAAAGAGGCCAAUGCCAUCAGCGUGGAGCUCAAGAAGAAGGUCCAGUUCCAGUUUGUCCUCCUCACGGACACGCUGUACUCCCCACUGCCGCCGGACCUGCUGCCCCCAGAGGCUGCCAAAGAGCGGGAGACGCGCCCCUUCCCGCGCACCAUCGUGGCCGUGGAGGUCCAAGACCAGAAGAACGGGGCCACCCACUACUGGACGCUGGAGAAGCUCAGGCAGCGCCUGGACCUGAUGCGGGAGAUGUACGACCGGGCCGCGGAGGUGCCCUCCAGUGUCAUCGAGGACUGUGACAACGUGGUGACUGGCGGAGACCCCUUCUACGACCGCUUUCCCUGGUUCCGGCUGGUGGGCAGGGCCUUCGUGUACCUGAGCAACCUGCUGUACCCUGUGCCCCUGGUGCACCGUGUGGCCGUCGUCAGCGAGAAGGGAGAGGUGAAGGGCUUCCUCCGCGUGGCCGUCCAGGCCACUUCAGCUGAUGAAGAGGCCCCCGAUUACGGCUCUGGCGUCCGACAGUCAGGAACCGCCAAAAUCUCCUUUGAUGACCAGCAUUUCGAAAAGUUCCAGUCCGAGUCCUGCCCCGUGGUGGGGAUGUCCCGCUCCGGGACCUCGCAGGAGGAGCUGCGCAUCGUGGAAGGUCAGGGCCAGGGUGCGGAGGCAGGGCCCUCGGCCGAUGAGGUCAACAACAACACCUGCUUAGCCGUGCCUCCAGAAGGCCUCCUCCUAGACAGCCCUGAGAAAGCCGCCCUGGACGGGCCCCUGGACGCCGCCCUGGACCACCUGCGCUUGGGCAGCACCUUCACCUUCCGUGUGACAGUCCUGCAGGCGUCCAGCAUCUCUGCCGAAUACGCGGACAUCUUCUGCCAGUUCAACUUCAUCCAUCGCCACGACGAGGCCUUCUCCACGGAGCCCCUCAAGAACACGGGGAGGGGCCCCCCGCUGGGCUUCUACCACGUCCAGAACAUCGCAGUGGAGGUGACCAAGUCCUUCAUCGAGUACAUCAAGAGCCAGCCCAUCGUGUUUGAGGUCUUCGGCCAUUACCAGCAGCACCCGUUCCCCCCGCUCUGCAAGGACGUGCUCAGCCCCCUGAGGCCCUCACGCCGCCAUUUCCCGAGGGUCAUGCCGCUGUCCAAGCCAGUGCCUGCCACCAAGCUCAGCACCCUCUCGCGGCCCUGCCCGGGGCCCUGUCACUGCAAGUACGACGUGCUGGUCUACUUCGAGAUCUGUGAGCUGGAGGCCAACGGCGAUUACAUUCCCGCGGUGGUGGACCACCGCGGCGGGAUGCCGUGCAUGGGGACCUUCCUGCUCCACCAGGGUAUCCAGAGACGGAUAACCGUGACACUGCUGCACGAGACGGGCAGCCACAUCCGCUGGAAGGAAGUCCGAGAGCUUGUCGUGGGUCGGAUUCGAAACACACCAGAAACUGACGAGUCCCUGAUCGACCCCAACAUCUUGUCUCUCAACAUCCUCUCCUCCGGCUACAUCCACCCGGCCCAGGACGACCGGACCUUUUACCAGUUUGAGGCCGCGUGGGACAGCUCCAUGCACAACUCUCUGCUGCUGAACCGGGUCACCCCGUACCGAGAGAAAAUCUACAUGACCCUCUCGGCUUACAUUGAGAUGGAGAACUGCACCCAGCCAGCCGUCAUCACCAAGGACUUCUGCAUGGUCUUCUACUCUCGGGAUGCCAAGCUGCCCGCCUCGCGCUCCAUCCGCAACCUGUUUGGCAGCGGGAGCCUGCGGGCCUCGGAGAGCAACCGCGUGACAGGCGUGUACGAGCUCAGCCUGUGCCACGUGGCCGAUGCCGGCAGCCCAGGGAUGCAGCGGCGGCGGAGGCGCGUGCUCGAUACGUCCGUGGCCUACGUCCGCGGCGAGGAGAACCUGGCGGGCUGGAGGCCCCGGAGCGACAGCCUCAUCCUGGACCACCAGUGGGAGCUGGAGAAGCUGAGUCUCCUGCAGGAGGUGGAGAAGACCAGGCACUACCUGCUGCUGCGGGAGAAGCUGGAGACCACGCAGCGGCCCGGCCCCGAGGCGCCGUCCCCCGCCUGCAGCGAGGACUCCGGCUCCCACGGCCCGUCCGGCCCCUCGUCCCCACUCUCGGCCGAGGGCCGGCCGUCCCCCCUGGAGGCUCCCAACGAGAGACAGCGGGAGCUGGCCGUCAAGUGCUUACGCCUCCUCACGCACACGUUCAACCGAGAGUACGCCCGCAGCCACGUGUGCGUCAGCGCCAGUGAGAGCAAGCUCUCCGAGAUGUCUGUCACCCUGCUUCGGGACCCAUCCAUGUCCCCUCUGGGGGCAGCCACGCUCACACCCUCCUCCACCUGCCCCUCUCUGGUGGAGGGGCGGUACGGAGCAGCUGAUCUGAGGACCCCGCAGCCCUGCUCCCGGCCGGCCAGCCCAGAACCUGAGCCUGUGCCCGAGGCAGAUUCGAAGAAGCUUCCAUCCCCUGCUCGGGCCGUGGAGGCGGACAAAGAGCCCCCGCGCCUGCUGGUUCCUGACAUCCAGGAGAUCCGGGUCAGCCCCAUCGUCUCCAAGAAGGGCUACCUGCACUUCCUGGAGCCGCACACGGCCGGCUGGGCCAAGCGCUUCGUGGUGGUACGGCGGCCGUAUGCCUACAUGUACAACAGUGACAAGGACUCUGUGGAGAGGUUCGUGCUCAACCUGUCCACCGCCCAGGUGGAGUACAGCGAGGACCAGCAGGCCAUGCUCAAGACACCCAACACGUUUGCCGUGUGCACGGAGCACCGCGGCAUCCUGCUGCAGGCCAACAGCGACAAGGACAUGCACGACUGGCUGUACGCAUUCAACCCCCUCCUGGCCGGGACCAUACGGUCCAAGCUGUCCAGACGGCGGUCUGCCCAGAUGAGGGUCUGAGCCGGAGCCCCCCGCGCCCCCACGACAGCCAGCAGGCCAGCCCCGCCCCCAGUCCUCGUCACCAUCCGUCAUGUCACACGCGCCCAGCCUGCCCCCACCAGCCAGCCAGCCAGCCAGCCGGUCUCCUGUUGGGGACGCUGCGCGGGGCCCCACAGAGCGCCACCUCUGGCCCGGGUGCCUGCACCGCAAGACCUAUCCUGCCCCGAGCAGAGGCCACGUUCUGUCUUCUUUCGGAGCGGGCCCCGGGUGGGAGCGGCUGGGAGGUGCCAGAGAGGCCGGAGGGCACAAGUCAGGGGCGUCGCUGCCGUUCUGAUAUUUUUUUAAGCAUAGACAGACUUAUAAUUAAUAUACAUUAGUUUAGUGACACCGAAACAGGCCACUCAGAAAUUAACUAUAAGACUGUGUUCUAUUUAUAAGUAUUUAUUUCUAAUGCCUUCACAUAGACCCGUAGGAUUCGGAUGGACCCCGUCCCCUGCUUGUUCCCUCUCUCAUCCCCAAGCCUCGUAGGGAAGACCACGGUGAAGAGGCGUCUGCACAGGCCGGGGCACCACCUGGUUGGCACCACGGGGGCGCGUCCACCCAGGACCGAGCUCAGGCUCAUGGGGGAGGCCUUCCACCCGGGGUGCGUGUGUGUGUGUGUGUGUGUGUGAGCAUCAGGGGACCCGGCGCCCGAGGUCCAGGCCGCGAGGGGGGUGGCGUGCACCCUCCCAGCCGGAGGUAGAAUCUGCGUCUCACCCGGACAGCAGCCUCUGAGACGCGACCCCGCGGGCAGUGCCGGCAGCUUCUCCCCAGGAGCGUGCGGGCAUGAGGGGGACCAGGCAGAUGGGCCCCUGGGCUGUGGGGCUCUCCCGGCAGGGACAGCAGGGGUGGUGUGUCCAGGCCGGCAGGG